GUUGCGGGUCGAUUUCGCGUGUAAGUCAGUGGAUGAUAUCUCGUAGCUGUAGUGGAGAGCUGUAGAUGAUGAUGAUGGGAUAUUAUGUAUGUAUUACUGCUCUAUGGCUACUAAUAAAUAAUCUGGGGUAUCGAGUAAUGGAGACGGGGACAUGGGACGUGAGCGCAUGGGAUGGCCAUGAGAACAUAUAUAUACUACCGGAGGGUGUGGUGGUGGACAUGAUUCAUCGCCGCACGGAGGCAGCAGGCUUUCUUGACCGUUACAAUAAUACAAAUAUACAAAUAAUAAUACAAUGCCUAUUUUCCAGUUUUCCCCGUCCCUCGCUCCACCCCACGUUGCAACUGAUCCUGGCUGACCGCCUGUCAUGGAUGCGUGAAAGGGGGGGGUGAAUGCUUUGGGUGUGGCCCGGGACGCAGGGAAUAGGUGUAGGUAGACUACUAAGUCAGCCUAGACCGCCUUAACAGGAUUUUGGUUACGCAGUUACGGACGUACUACUAUGUAAAAG